GAAGACCUGAGAUCCACAACACCGUUUGAGCGCUAAAAUCGAUGUUCAUCAUGAGAGAGCAGGUGGAUGUGAUUCAUGCUGGAGAACAGCAGAUGCUGCAGACACCAGUGAAGAUGUGUUCAGUGAAGCUGCUGGACUGCAGGAACCUGAUGACGAUGAGAGGAGAAACCACAGCUGUGGUACAACAGAGUGAUGAUGAUGAUGAAACCACAGCAGAGGAACAACUGAGCGAUGAUGAUUUUAUUCCUUCAGAACUGAUGGAAGUGAGAGAAGAACAUGAAGAGCUGAAGGAAGUGGAGGAGGAACAACAACAUGAUUUCAUAACUGGAGAAAAAUCUUUAAGUGGCUCAAAGACAGAAGACAAUUUCUCACCUAAAAGUCCUCAAAGAACAGCCAAGAAAUCUUUCACGUGCUCUCAGUGUGGAACAUGUUUCACACGUAAAAGCAAACUUAGUAAACACAUGAGAGUUCAUACUGGAGAGAGACCUUACACGUGCCAUCAGUGUGGAAAAAGUUUUGCAUAUGCAACCAAUCUCAGGAGUCAUCUCUUUUGUCACUCUGGAGAAAAGCCAUUUGGAUGUGAUAAGUGUGGUAAAACAUUCGCUCUGACACGGUACCUAAAAACACAUCUGAAAACUCACACAAAUGAGAAGCCUUACAAGUGUUCAUUUUGUGGAAAGAGUUUUAAACAUCACUUCUAUUUGAAAGAGCACCAGAAAAUACAUACCGGUGUGGCGGCUCAUAUGUGCUUUAAAUGUGGGAAGUUCUAUAUUACAGCCGGCAGCUUGAAACUGCACCAAAGAAUUCAUACAGGAGAGAAACCAUACAAGUGCUCACACUGUGGAAAGAGUUUCAAUCAGUCACAAACCCUGAAAUCACAUGAGAGAAUUCAUACUGGAGAGAAACCUUACAAGUGCUCACACUGUGAAAAGAGUUUCACUGAGUCGCAAUCCCUGAAAUCACACGAGAGAAUUCAUACAGGAGAGAAACCUUACAAGUGCUCACACUGUGAAAAGAGUUUUGCUUGGUCAAAUAUCCUGAAAUCACAUGAGAGAAUUCAUACUGGAGAGAAACCUUACAAGUGCUCACACUGUGAAAAGCGUUUCACUCAGUCAGAAAUCCUGAAAUCACAUGAGAGAAUUCAUACUGGAGAGAAACCUUGCAAGUGCUCACACUGUGAAAAGAGUUUCACUCGGUCACAAACCCUGAAAACACAUGAGAGAAUUCAUACUGGAGAGAAACCUUACAAGUGCUUACACUGUGGAAAGAGUUUCACUAAGUCAGUACACCUGAAGACACAUGAGAGAAUUCAUACUGGAGAGAAACCAUACAAGUGCUCACACUGUGAAAAGAGUUUCACUCAGUCAACAAACCUGAAAACACAUGAGAGAAUUCAUACUGGAGAGAAACCAUACAAGUGCUCACACUGUGAAAAGAGUUUCACUCAGUCACAACACCUGAAAUCACACAAGAGAAUUCAUAGUGGAGAGAAACCUUACAAGUGCUCACACUGUGGAAAGAGUUUCACUUGGUCACAAGACCUGAAAACACAUGAGAGAAUUCAUACUGGAGAGAAACCAUACAAGUGCUCACACUGUGGAAAGAGUUUCACUCGGUCACAAUACUUGAAAAGACAUGAGAGAAUUCAUACUGGAGAGAAACCUUACCACUCAGGGCCUGAAAUAAUUUUCUGAAAAUGGGGAGUGAAUUCCCCCUUAAGGCCUCGAUAUACUUCAUACGAAAUUAUUGAAUGGUUGUGACAUAAUUUAGAACAAAAUCUGGCCAAAAAGGUGUUAAUUAAAUUAAAUGGUCCUAUUUCUACAUUACUAUGUCAGGAGAAUUAUAAUGGAAUCAGUUGUGUUUGACAACCGUUAUAAUUUUGAUAAAUGCUUUAAUAAGAGAAUUAUGAUUAAUUCUGUGUAAAAUGUGUGGCAAUGAUAAAAGUCUGUCUUUUGUAUUCAACAGAAGAGAUAAUCUCAUGCAGGUUUGGAACAAGAUUAGGGUAAAUUAUGAUCAUUUCAUUUUGGGGUGAACUAUUCUUUUAAACUUUAUUUUAAACUUUUUUGUUUCCCAAUGAUGUCUGAGUGUGUGCUGCUUUAUUAGAUAAAGAUUCCAAAUUAUAGGAACAUUUAGGAAAUGUCAAUGGAAAUAAAACACUGGUCACUUCAGAUUUUCCUGUAUAAUGCAAGAAAAUAUAUUUUUAAGUAGAACAGCAGCAGGACUGAUUAAACCAAGAGGUCCUCACAGCGGACUGUACCAUGAUGAUGCAGUGGAUUUCAACUGCUAUGUCACAGACAUCUAUUACGUAGUGGAUUAAAUCAAAGUUUUAAUGGAUUUAAAAUAUUCAGAGCAAUGAUAUACUGGAUGUUUUUAAUGCAAACAUUUUAUUCAGCAUGUAAAUUAGUGAGAGAGUGCAAUAAUUACUAUAUUUCCGUAAUAUUUAUGUUAAUUGUAUGCACAUUAAUAACUUGAGCUUCUGGGAUUUCAGUCUCCUAAAGAAUAUGAGACGUUGCUGACUGUUUUGAGUGAACCCAAAUGCAGGAACCUUAUUGAAAUACAGGCAAGUGAACAGGUAGUAAAUUAACUUAAGUGGCACAGAGUUAUGAAGAUGGUUGUAGACAAAUGCGGAUAAAAGAUUCAUGAGUGGCCAGAUCAAAAGGAUAAUGUAACUGUAGAGUAUGAACGGAAAAUCAUGAACUCAUUAAUUCUGAAUGCAAUGCACACAUUUUUGCGAAGGGUCCUAAAACCCACACACUGUUACUCCCCAUCGAAAUCACCAGUUAGCGCCAGCGAGUCUGGGAUUUUAGAGUGCUUCCUGACACCUUUACAAACA